UGAGUGAAUGUGUUUGUGUUUUAACAUGUUUUUAUUUGUAAUUUCACAACAUAUAAUCUGAGUAUUUGAGUUUAUCAGUGUUUGUAUGAGCAAUAUAUGAAGGGAGAUAAUGGGAUUGAUGUGAGUGUGAGUUUAAUGAGUGUUUAUAGUCUGAGGCUCAUCAAUAUUCAGAUUUUUAGAUGUAAGUUAAUGUUAUUAGCGACACCUGACUUGAGCAAAUCACAUAUUCUAUCACAAGAUAUAACAUCAUGUUUAUUUCCUCAAUCAGUGUAAAUGAAUCAGAUUUCUCUGUUUAUUCUUCUGAAGCUCCAUCAGUGAAAGACAAAGACAGAGUUUAUUGAAGGACAGUGGGAAGAUGAGUGAUCCAGAACCCUGCAGAAUUAAACAGGAAGAGACUGAAGAACUAAUAGAUGUGAAGGUGAAGGAGGAGAGUGAAGAACUGAGUGAAGAUGAGGAGAAACAUCAGGUCAAGAGGGAAGAAGAAACUCAACCAGAGACUGAAGAUAGUUUUUUGGUAGAAAGAACAGCUGUUAAAGGUUUCACCUGCACUCAGUGUGGAAAGAGUUACAGCCGCAGACAGACUCUCAAGCUUCACAUGAUGAUCCACACUGGAGAGAAACCUUUCAAGUGUUCACACUGCGACAUGAGAUUCAAUCAUCCAGGAAACCUGAAAACACACAAGCUGCUCCACACAGGAGAGAAAACACACAAAUGUGAUCAAUGCAGCAAAACAUUUUUGAGGGCUUCAGAUCUAAAGAAACAUCGUAGACUUCAUACAACGGAGAAGCCUUAUUCAUGUCCUGAGUGUGGAAAGAGUUUUACACGACAGACAGAUUUAUCACAACAUAGGAAAAUCCAUGCUGGUGUGAGAGAGCAUGUCUGCUUUGAGUGUAAGAAGACGUUUACUACAGCUGUAUACUUGAAACGGCACCAGAGGAUUCACUAUGGAGAGAAACCGUAUGAGUGUUCACACUGCGACAAGAGAUUCAGUCAUUCAGGAAACCUGAAUUCACACCAGAUGAUUCACACUGGAGAGAAAACACACACAUGUGAUCAGUGCGGCAAAGCGUUUUUGAGACCUUUAGAUCUAAGGAAACAUCUUAGAGUUCACACAACAGAAAAGCCUUAUUCAUGCUCUGAGUGCGGAAAGAGUUUUAGACGACAGAAAAGUUUAUCACAACAUCAAAAAAUCCACACUGGUGUGAGAGAGUUUGUCUGCUUUGAGUGUGAGAAGACGUUUACUACAGCUGAAUACUUGAAACAGCACCAGAAGAUUCACACUGGAGAGAAACCGUAUGAGUGUUCGCACUGCGGCAAGAGAUUCAGACUUGCAGGUACGCUUAAAUAUCACAAAAUGAUUCACAAUGAAGAGAAACCGUUCAGAUGUUCGCAGUGUGGGAAAGGUUUCACACAAAUAUCACACCUUAAUGAACACAUGAAGAUCCACACUGGAGAGAGACCACACAAAUGUGAUCAAUGCGGCAAUGCAUAUUUUAGGUCUGCACAGCUGAACAGACAUCUUCGAGUUCAUGCAAACGAGAGGCCGUAUUCAUGUUCUGAAUGUGGGAAGAGUUUUACGCAGAAGUCACAUUUAACAGAGCAUCAGAAGAUCCACACUGGUGUGAAAGAGUUUGUCUGCUCUGACUGUGGGAAGAGCUUUAUGAAAGCUGCAGACUUGAGACGACACCAGAUGAUUCACACUGAAGAGAAGCCGUACGUGUGUUCACACUGCAACAAAACAUUCAGACAUUUAGGAUACCUGAAAACACACGAGAGGACUCACACUGGAGAGAAACCGUUCACUUGUAGUCAGUGUGGGAAGAGUUUCGCACGAUCAUCAACCCUUAAUGAACACAAGCUGAUCCACACUGGAAGGAAAACACACAAAUGUGAUCAGUGCAGCAAAACGUUUUUGAGGACUUCAGAGCUGAGGCGACAUCUUAGACUUCAUACACAGAUGUGAUAGUGAAGGAGGAGAGUGAAGAACUGAGUGAAGAUGAGGAGAAACAUCAUGUCAAGAGUGAAGAAGAAGCUCAGUCAGAGACUGACGAUAGUUUUUCGAUAGAAAGAACAGUUGUGAAAGGUUUCACCU